GGGCCAGAUCCGGGAGUAAAAUCGUCUUAAAAAAAAGUUUUUUUCCGUCCUGUAGAUACUGGGCAGUGCGUUGAGGCCUGAAGCCGUUGCAGACUUUGGGGCAACCCCUGCCUCCGGCUCCCACAGCCCCCCCGGCGCGCGACCUAAUGCCGAGAAUAACAGUUUAGAGGAUAAAGAUGUUGAAUAACCUGAGGAUAUUUGCAAUGAAUCAUCAGAAAAUGUCCAGUUUGCACAUUAAUAUUAUGUGCUGCUGUAAAAUGAGAAGUUUUAAAAAAUUAAAGCUACAUGUACCUCCUGGAAGAAAUUACAGUUCCCUGCCAGGCUUAAUGGGAGAUGAUAUCAAGUCCCUUCAUUCUGUCAUCAGUCCUCCCAUAGCAAAAAUUCGUAAUAUUGGAAUUAUGGCUCAUAUUGAUGCAGGCAAAACUACCACCACAGAAAGAAUAUUGUAUUAUUCUGGAUACACAAGAUCACUGGGAGAUGUUGAUGAUGGAGACACAGUGACAGAUUUCAUGGCUCAAGAGCGAGAAAGAGGCAUUACUAUUCAAUCAGCUGCUGUUACAUUUGAUUGGAAGGGGUAUAGAGUCAAUCUAAUUGAUACACCAGGACAUGUUGAUUUCACCUUGGAGGUUGAACGCUGCUUAAGAGUGUUGGAUGGUGCAGUGGCUGUGUUUGAUGCUUCUGCUGGUGUAGAGGCCCAGACACUGACAGUAUGGAGGCAAGCUGACAAACAUAAGAUUCCCCGAAUCUGUUUUUUAAACAAGAUGGACAAAACUGGAGCAAGUUUUAGCUAUGCAGUUGAAAGCAUCAGAGAGAAAUUAAAAGCAAAGCCUUUGCUUUUACAGUUACCAAUUGGUGAAGCCAAAACUUUUAAAGGAGUCGUGGAUGUGAUAAAUAAAGAAAAACUUCUUUGGAAUCCUAAUUCAGGUGAUGGAAAAGACUUCGAGAGAAAACCCCUCUUGGCCGGGAGUGAUCCUGAAUUGCUGAAGGAGACAACGGAAGCAAGGAAUGCCUUAAUUGAACAAGUUGCAGAUUUGGAUGAUGAAUUUGCAGAAUUGGUUUUAGGAGAAUUUAGUGAAAAUUUUGAUAUGCUACCAGCUGAAAAGCUACAGACUGCAGUACACAGAGUAACACUGGCUCGGACAGCAGUACCUGUGCUGUGUGGAAGUGCUCUGAAAAACAAAGGUAUACAGCCCUUGUUAGAUGCUGUUACCAUGUACUUACCUUCACCUGAAGAGCGCAACUAUGAAUUUCUGCAGUGGUAUAAGGGUGACUUAUGUGCACUGGCAUUUAAAGUUCUCCAUGAUAAGCAGCGAGGACCACUGGUUUUUAUGCGCAUUUACUCAGGCACAAUAAAACCCCAGUUAGCCAUCCAUAAUAUUAAUGGAAACUGCACGGAGAGAAUAAGUCGUCUGCUUUUGCCAUUUGCCGACCAACACAUAGAAAUCCCUUCCCUGGCUGCUGGUAAUAUCGCUUUGACUGUUGGUCUUAAGCACACUGCCACUGGAGACACUAUUGUCUCGUCCAAGUCCAGUGCAUUAGCUGCAGCUCGGAGAGCCGAAAGAGAAGGAGAAAAGCAGCACGGGAAAAGUAGUGAAGCGGAGAGAAUUUUUCUGGCUGGGGUGGAGAUUCCAGACCCAGUUUUCUUCUGUACCAUAGAACCCCCAUCAGUGGCUAAGCAGCCAGAUUUGGAUCAGGCAUUGAAAUGCCUUCAGCGUGAAGAUCCCAGUUUGAAAGUGAAGAUAGAUCCUGACUCUGGACAAACUGUCCUAUGUGGUAUGGGGGAAUUACAUAUUGAAAUUAUUCAUGAUCGAAUCAAGAGGGAGUAUGGACUGGAGACCUACCUAGGUCCUCUGCAGAUAGCAUACCGAGAGACCAUCCUAAACUCAGUUCGUGCCACAGAUACCUUAGAUAGAACUUUAGGAGACAAACGGCAUCUUGUGACCGUUGAGGUAGAAGCAAGGCCAGCUGAAACAUCAUCUGCUACGCCAGUGAUUGAGUAUGCUGAGAGUGUUACUGAUGACCUUUUGAAGGUCUCCCAAGAGGCCAUUGAAAACGGAAUUCACAGUGCAUGCCUCCAGGGACCAUUGCUUGGAUCCCCAGUACAAGAUGUGGCAAUUUCUUUACAUUCCCUGAUGAUUCAUCCUGGUACCUCCACAACUAUGGUUUCUGCCUGUGUCUCAAGAUGUAUACAAAAGGCUCUGAAGAAAGCCGAUAAGCAAGUUUUAGAGCCUCUGAUGAAAAUCGAGGUUACGGUAACUAGAGAUUAUCUCAGCCCUGUCCUGGCAGACCUUGCACAAAGAAGAGGAAAUAUUAAGGAAAUCCAGACUCGCCAGGACAACAGAGUUGUUAUUGGAUUUGUUCCCUUAGCAGAAAUGAUGGGUUAUUCAACAGUGCUUCGAACACUAACGUCAGGCUCAGCUACUUUUGCCUUAGAACUAUCUUCUUAUCAAGCAAUGAAUCCCCAAGACCAGAGCACACUACUGAACCGGAGGACUGGCUUGACCUAGACGGUUUAGGUCCUUGGUGAGAACUACUUUGUUUUUAGUAAGAAUAAUCCCCAUUGCUUUAACUAUUGGACAAUUUACUGUUUCUGUACAUUCAAAGAACUUAAUAAAAGAUACAGCUUGAGAACUGG